AUAAUUUGCACAGAGAAACUAUUAUUAUAUUAAUGAUUAACCAGGAUCAUACAUAUAUAUAUAUACGUAUAGUAUUACAUGUCUAAUAUUUAAUUUUAAAAAUUGAGUAGAUAGAUAGAUAGACAGACAGACGGAGUAAAUGUUGGUUGGUGACUAAUAGGCUCCUAUGUACAUACAUACACCCACCCACCCCCAACACACAAAUACACAAGGUUGUGUUAAAAUCUUACCUUUAGCAAUCACACGUGAACACCAUGUGCAUACAAACACACACACACACACACUAGAUAUUGUGCAAUUAUAUAGAUUUGGAUAUACACACAAAUAAAGGGAUGUAUUCUCUCAGCAAUAUUAAUAAUACUACUAAUAAUACUAUAAACAUUUUAUUGGAAUUACUCAAUCGAUAAAACAAUAGUGAAUAUUAUUAUUUUUCUUGAAAAAAUAAUUAAUAGAACAACCACAACCACAGCAACAACACCAACUAAGAAAUUACAAGAGCACAAACUGAAAUGAACUAAAUAAUCAACGAAUAAAUAAAAUGUUCUCUUAUUGUUAUUUACUUUAUUCAUUACUCACUAUAAUCAUUCAAUCAUUAUAGAGUAUUACGAUAUUCAUUUUUAUAAACAGAGAGAGAGAGAGAGAGAGAGAAAAUUCAAGUGACUAAAACAACAUUGUUACCAACCAAAAAUAAACAAAACUAAACUCAACUCUAUAAAGAGUGUAGUCAAUAUUUUAUCAUUCUCUCAUUAAAUUCUUCUCUUUAUCUACAUAACCAAUAACAAGAGUCGUGAUAAAGUCAACUGGAAAUUGUUCUAAUUACGGGGAGGAAAUUUCAAAAAAGAAAAAGAGAAGAUGAAUCUCUUUAGUUCAAGAAGUAAUUCCCAAUUGUGAUUCAAUUAAUUUUUUUAUGUAUAAAAGCCAACUGCAUUUUCUUAGUGUCUUUCUAUUAGAAUAUUAUCAUCAUUAUUAUUAUUACUACUACUACUACUACUACCACUACUACUACUACUACUACUAGUACUACAUUGAAACAGAUUUUAUUCAUAUAGAAGAUACGUAACAACAUAUAAAUAUACAUUUGCAUUUACCGGGUGUGAGGGCGGGAAAACAAAAAAAAAGAAGAGAAACUAUUCAUUUUGCAAGUACUCACUUUCUUGUUUAUUUUUAUUGAUCGAUCUAUUUAUCAAAUUAUACGCACAAAUUAUUUAGAAAUUAUGAAUAAAACAAAUUCAUUUAUGGCACAAAAUCAUUUACAAACAGAAUUCGAAUUACAAACACCAUGCAUUUCUAACUUUUUAGAUUAUGAUUUGUCUCCAAGUGAAUUACAUAAUCAUCAUCAUCAUCAGAAUAAUAAUAAUUUGUUAGAAGGGGGAGAACAAUGUCAAGAGAUAAAUAAACAAUCUCGACAACAGCACCACCACCCCCAACAACAACAACCACCACAAUACCAGUCAAAUCAUACUAUACAUCAUCAGCAUCAACAACAACAACAACAAUACAAUGAUAUUCAUUAUUUCAAUUCUCAUCUAUCUAAUUAUCAACAGAAUCAACAUUUACAUGGAAAUAGUUGUAUAAAUUCAACAUUCAAUACAAAUAUUAAUGAUGUAACAAUGUCAAUAAUGAAAAAAAUUGGUAAUGAUCAGUAUUUUUCAUCUGAAUUACAAACCCCAGUCAAUUCAACUUCUAAUUUAGGUAAACGACAAACAUUUCAUGAUAUUAAAGAAUUAUUAUUCGAUAUUUAUCAUGGGGAAAAUAAUGUAUCUUCUAUGAAUAAAAAUAAAGAUAAUACUAUUUCAACUGUAUCACACUAUUCAAAAUCCUCUUCAUUUCUAUCAUCCACAUUAAAUAACAAUCAUAAUAGGAUAGAUUCAAAUCAAUCUAUUUCAUAUAAUCAUUUCAAUGAUAUACAUCGAAUGAAUUCAUUAUUAAAAAGAUAUGAAGAAUUACCUAGUUCUAUAGAGAAUUCAGUGUUACAACAUAAUUGUCAAAUUAAUAAUUGUAGAACAAAUUGUCCCUAUGAAAAUAUUCAUUCUGAAUGUUCUACACUUCAAAUGAAUGAUAAAAUCAAUAAUAAUAAUAAUAAUAAUAAUAAUAAUAAUAAUAAUAAUGUAAACAAAAUACAAGAAGGUAAACAAAUCAAUUCAAGGUUAUCAAAAGGAAAGUUGGAAUUAAAAUUUUUACUCAAUCAAGAUAAUACCAAUCAAGAUAUUUCAAAAUAUGGUAGAGUAGCUAAAACAAUCAUCACUAAAACUGGUAUACAAAAAUUAUUUGUUAUUCGUGGACGUGUCAUUGAUACACGAAUACAAUUUCAUUAUUAUACAUUAAAAAAUAAUAUAUCAACAACAAUAAUUAAUUACCAUGGUGAUAAUGAUAAUCAUUAUAAUGAAGAAGAUAUUGAUUUAAUGAAAAAUCAUAAAUUUAAAUUAAGAUUUAAACCAUUUACAAUAUUUGGUGGAAUAUGUACACCGGCUAUUGGUUAUAAUGAUCCAAUGCAAAUUCCAAAUAUAUUAUCAAAACAAGAACAAUUAUGUUUUAUACAAGCUGUACAAAAUGAUAAUAAUGUUACAUAUAAACUAAUGAAUGAUGGUUAUUUAGUAAUGGAUAUAGAUUUUAAUAAUUUCUGUGAUAUUUAUCAUUUAGUAUUUCCUUUUCUCAAUUCUAAAUGUCCAAGUACAUGGAAAAAAGAUGUACAUAUUACAGUUACAUUAAUUGAUGAAAAUGAUAAAGAAAUAAGUAGCACUGAAUUCGAAGUUGUCAGUUGUGCCAGUCCUAUACGUGAUGCGCGUCGUUACCAACAACGUCAACGUAUUGCAGAACUGGAAUUCGCAGAGAAGAAUUUGCACAAAACUACUGUUAGUGCUGAUAGUUUAUUUGAAUGGGAUCAUCAGACAAGUCAAUCGGUUUCACAAUCCACAUCAAAACUCAGCAUUUCUGAUAUCAGCCCCAAUUCGUCUGGUUUUGGUAGUCUUUAUUCUCCACUACCAUCGAUCACAUCUGAAGAAGAUCAUUUCAACGAAUUACAACUUUACUUGGCUCGAAAUGAGGCAUCCACUCCAUCGCAACAUAUAUCUCCAUCUGUAACUACAGAUUCUAUUGCCAUUGGCACUACUAACAAUAAUAAUAGUAGUAUAAGUGAUGUGAAUAAUCAAAAGUCCGAUAUUUUAUCACCGUCGACGUCUAAUGAUGAAUUAAUUGACUUGUCUAGUUGGGAUCGGUUGGAGAAAUUGAAACAAAAACGUUUGAUUAAUAAUUCGACCAAUUCACGUACCAUUGAACGAAAUCCACAAAACCUGUUCAAACACUCGACUGAACAAAUGAGCUCUAAGAUAAUAAGUUCAAAAUAUGCAAUUAAACGACAAGUUAAAGAAAUCGAUAAUGGUUCAUGUGAUGAACAGGAGUAUGUGAUAAAAACAAAAAGUCGACGCAUUUAUCGAAUUCUCAGUCUUCUCAACCGAGAAUUAUCAAGACAUUUAUGACAAAUCGCGCGUGUGAGCACGCAAUUGAGAGAGAGUGAGAGCAAGAGAUAGGCUGUCAAAAAAAUAAUUAAAUAUACGGCACAAAACAUAAAAUGAAGGCAUUUGAAGCAGAAAAGAAAACAUGCCAAAACUAUCCUUGUUAACCAGAAAAUUCCACUAUAUUCAUUUUAUAAUUUGUAAUACUGUUUGUGUAUGUGUAUGUGUAUGUGAGUGUGUGCGUGUGUGUGUGUGUUCGUGCAUACACAUAUGCAUGCAUAUGUGUUUAUCUAUUUACUCUCUUUCUAUUACUUCAUUUCUAUCUUCACUUUCAUUGACCACUCUCGUCUACCUUUUAUUUUCUUUUUGCUAUUCUUAUUUAUUUAAAACACCAUAAGUAGUAUUUAACGUAAGUUUCAUCAUUGUUUUUGUUUACCGAGAAAAACAGUUAUUACCGUUGAAUGCAUUUGCCUGUUCGUAUAAAUAUUGUAUACAACUUAAUAUAUAUAUUGGAGACUAUUGUAACUAUGGCGAAAAAAACAACAACUGGAAAGAAUUAGUAUAUUUAAAAAUUAACUCGAUUUGUUGAAGAGGUGAGGGUGAGGAUGGAGGAUAGAGGAUGAAGGUGGAGAUGGGUAUUUUUUGUUUUUCAGAUUAACAGUCUUUCUUAAUUGUCAAUGCUUUUAAUAAAUAAAUAAAUAAAAAUUAAUAUUUUUUAGCUCUUCCCUCCCUCUCUGUCUCUCCUUCUCUCGCUUAUUUUGAUAAAUUUCUUUUUUUUUUAGAAUGUAUGUAGUAACAUCUAAUUUCAUCUGUUUGAUUUUAUUCAAUUGUUUUCUAUAUCUAUAAAAUGAAAAAAAAUAAUAUAAGUGAAUGAUUAUAAGUUAGUAACCAAACAUAAUGGUUAGAUAGAUUACAUAACUAAGGUACCUAUGAUAUAUCUUAUUUCAUUGAAGUCAUUUUCUAUUCCAUAUAGAGAUAAUGCUUUCUUCUUUCUUUCUUUCUUUCUUUCUUUCUCUCAUUCAUUCAUUCAUUCCAUGUUCACAUUUGCUCAUCUUAUCCAAAUCAGAGAUAUUAAUGGAUAAGAAACAAACAAACAAACAAACAAACAAUAAUUUGUUUGCAUUUAAUAUAUUAACAAUAAAGCUAUUCUAACACUGUUUUACAUUUCUCCUGUAUCCAUAUACAUAUGCAUAUGCAUAUAAUUGAGUGCUUUCUUACACCUUUAUUAUUAUGAUCAUUAUCCAUAUUGCUUUUCUAUUGAGUUCAUAUCUCUUGAUUGAUGUUUUCAUACUUGAAGAGGGUUUAUGUUUACCUGUAUUGAAUAAUCUUUUUUUUUAUAAAAGAAAAAAUAACAACCUUUUAUUGCUCAAAUAUUUUUGUCUAUGUUUGACAUUUUUGUUGUUUUGUUUUGUAACUUUAUCGCAUUUCUUACAUAAUGAAUGAAGAAAAAACAAAAAAAAAAACAAAAAAAAAGAAACGAAUUAAAGAUGAUCAAGAUCAUAGGAAAUAAGAAAGUGUAGAACCCCUCUGUUUAUACAUGUUACUAACUAACAGUAAAUGAGAAUCAUUUACUUAAAUGUGUUUGUUUGUGUGCGUGUAUGUGUGCGCGUGUGUGUGCAUGUAUUUGUAUGGAUUUUUUAUAUCAAAAAAGUUAGUAACUAGGCCCAAACUGAUCAUGAAUCCCUUUUUUUUUUUAAUACCCUUUAUCUUCUUUUUUUUUUUAUAAAAUAAAAACAAUAUUGUCUUAUUCAUUAGAAGCAUUUUAAAUGCAUUUCACUCUUAUUUCUUACUUCAUUUGUAUAUUUGUAUUCAAGUCUCUAUAUUCUUCUGUUUAGCUCUGGUAAACACUUAUGUGUAUAGGCAUUUGAACUACAGUUUUUGUUGUGUUUAUUUGAUAUUAAUUUUUUUUUGGUAUCCUUAUCAGAACAAAUCGUUUUCUCAUUCGUUGAUGUUCUUGUUUUGUUUCUUGUCAUGUUCUCUGUUGUUAUACUUUAAUAAAUGUGUGCAUAGU